AUGAAAAUUGGAGAAAAAAGAUCAAAAACAAAGAGCAAUAAAAUGUUUCUUCUUGGUAGCAGAGAAGAGAAAGAGCACCCGAGUGGAGAAAACGACUUGAGAAGAAAAACAACUGCAACUGCAAUAGGAUUUCCAAAAUUGGAACACCUUUCAAUACCGGAAUCAAUUCCCAUAAAAACAAAGAAAAAAUUCAAAAAAAUUCCUUCAUUGAGAGAAACGGCAUCGACAAGAAGAAAAGAAGAAAAUGUUUCACCGUACACCACCUCUAAAGAAGAUCCGGAGCACAUGAACGAACUCAAACGAAUCAGUCGUGAUGUCUCCGAAGAGAUUGAAAGAAGAUUCAGUUGUAAUCGAGAUAUUUUUGUUGUGCUACACCCUCGAUCUAAAGCAAAGAAUGAACAACAAUGCGGUAAUCAUCUCAUUGCAGUAAUGAAUGCUGUGCGAAACUUGACUCCUAUCGAACACGAGAACUACCCAAGUUUGAAUCUUGUGCAGUAUAUUGAAAACGUUCCUGAUGAUGUUCCAUCAGAGAGAAUCGUGUACUGGAACAGCCUCGUUUUUGGAGAGGUUUUGACUAUCAACAUAUCAAAAGCCUUGAAAAAAUUGAAUGACUCCGAUGUACUCCGUCCAUUUGAAGUAUGCCAUACAAGCGGUGAAUUUCUGAACAACUACGGUCCUGUAAAACAGUUUAUCGACUUUAGUAUCGACGGACAUGAAAUGGAUCACGACAGCUUAAAGCAUGCAGUGACCGAAGUUCUAAAAGGUUCUAUGAAAUUCUCGUUUUUUCAAGUUUUCGUGGAAUGCGUUAUCUAUUCUCAAUACUGCUAUCAUUGUCUCGGAUUUAUUCUCAGCUCUCUGGAAAACAGAAAUCUUGUAUCCAAAUGCAUUAGUAUGCUCGCUCAAGGACUUUGCAGUCCAAAAGAAAGUAAAAGGAUGGAGCUUGGCUUCGACUGGAGAACCGAUGACAAUGAAAAACACAAGUACAGUUUCUGGAGACUAGAGUACCAGCUGGCCCGACCAAAAUUUUCCCGGGAGACAACGUUUGACAACGAAUGGGGCAGCUUCAGCAGUACCAAUUUCUCAAUAAGACGCGAUCGAGAACUCUAUCUUGCACGAAGUUCGCCAACUUAUGAUAAUGAUGAUCAGCUAGAAGUCGACUAUGAAAUUGAAAAGAGUGCUCCAAAGCGAGUCGAAAUAAACGUAAAGAAGAGGAGAAAUACCAAAAGAAAAGCAAGUGCGAGAGGAGUUGAAGGAGAAUAUGAAAUUCCUGUCACAAAGAAACUCUCAGUUGAAUCAAAGCAAUCAGUUCCAGAAUCACUUUCUCCUAGAAGAGUUAUCAAGCCAAGAAGCUUCUUAGCCGAACAAAAUCAUAUCAUCACUAAUUCCAAAAAAGCGCUGGACGUGGACAAUGUUGGGAAUGUCAGUGAGGGUGAGGAUGACGACGUCAUUCAUGUAACCCAAGAAGAAAUUUGGAACACAACAAAAGACGUGAUUAUCAGGAGAGCGGUGGAGUCCGGAUUUCGGUUUUCUAGGGCUAGAGAAUCUUCUCUCAGUCCUCCGAAAAAUAAGUCAGCGUGGUCUCGUAAUCAUCACAGAAUGGCAGUGUUAGGUAGCAGAUACGAGGCUUUUCAAAAUUUCAAACCAGAGUUCUCGAAGAAAGCUAACGGGAAGAUAAUUGCUUUCGAAAUUGUGUGUGUUGAGCCGACACCAGAAAAAUUGUCAAUUUAUGAGGAGUCCCAAGAAGAGUCUAUUUUGGAUUCGGGCAUUUCUUCGCUUUUCUCGUCAUCAUCUGGAGAGUUGGAUACUGAGAAAGAAGCUUUACCAGAAGCAACCGAUCCUAGCAUCAUGGUUCCUAGUUGCGAAUCAUCAUCUGAAGACUCUCAUGACUCUGUAAAGAAUAAACGACAGAAGUUUAGAUAUGCUGAAGAAUUCGCGAAAUACAGAAGAUCCCCUCCUCGGAACAGAUCACAAACUCAAUCCCAGGACAUUAAAGCUCAACGUUGGUACUAG